GGAGUUCUGUAAGGGGGGCAUCGGUCCCGUAGAUGUUCCAUGGAGCCUGAUCUCGGUUACGACUCGGUCCAUGUGUGCUAAGCUUGGCGGGAAACAUGCUACAUGUGAUCGCUCCCCUGCAGAUGCUGCUUUCCUCUUCGUCAAAGUGGAGGAUGAGUUAGCCCCAAAUACUCGCGCCUUCAAAGUCGAAUUGUGGACUUCGAUCAGGAACUCACAGGCAGGCCCUGUGUGCGGCGCCGCCGUCCCCACCCCCGCCAUCGCCGUAGACCACCUAUAACAUGAGGUGCAGAAUAUAUAAGAGGAAAGUGAUCGUCCUCGCUUUGGUUGUGGCUCUGUGUGGCCUUGCGCUGUGGAGCAGCGGCAGACAAAAGAAAAAUGACUUUGUCCAGGAAACGGACUCUGAAAAAACCCAGGGCAAAGGCCACGUGUCGGCAGGGAUCAGGAAACCGACCAACGAGUCCGUGACGGAGAAGUCGCAGAAGCCGGAGGUGGAUAACGCGACGCUGGUGUACAGGUCGGUGGUUUUCCAGUUGAACUUUGACCAAACGAUCAAAAAUCUAGAGAAAAUAACAAACCGGCCGGCGGAUGACGUCGUGGUGGUGGUUCAGGUACACAACCGCCCCGAUUAUUUGAGAUACCUUUUAGAGUCCCUGCGGAACGCGAAGGGCAUCGAGAACGUGCUGCUGAUCUUCAGCCACGAUUACUGGUCUCCGGAAAUAAAUCAACUUGUCGCGACGGUGGAUUUUUGUCAAGUGCUGCAGAUAUUUUUCCCGUUCAGCAUCCAGCUGUACCCCAACGAGUUUCCCGGCCACGACCCCAAGGAUUGCCCCAGAGACAUCGAGAAGAAAGACGCCCUUAAGCUCGGCUGCAUUAACGCAGAGUACCCCGAUUCCUUCGGACAUUACAGAGAAGCCAAGUUCUCUCAGACGAAGCAUCAUUGGUGGUGGAAGCUGCACUUCGUGUGGGAGAAGAUCAAAGUAUUAAAAGAUCACAAAGGCUUGGUCCUUUUCAUCGAAGAAGACCACUACUUGGCCCCGGAUUUUUACAACGUCCUUAAAAAAAUGUGGAGCAAGAAGAGCGAAGAGUGCUCAGACUGUGAUGUCAUAAGCCUCGGGAACUACGUGCGUCCGCAGACCUUCUCGGAGAAGGCCGAUAAGGUGGAGGUAAAGACGUGGAAGUCGACGGAACAUAACAUGGGCAUGGCGAUGGGCCGCGACACCUAUCAAAAACUUAUUCAGUGCACCGAUGCCUUUUGCUCUUACGACGACUAUAACUGGGACUGGACUCUGCAGCACUUGACUGUUAAUUGUCUUCCGAGAUUCUGGAAAGUUAUGGUGCCCGAGGUCCCCCGGAUCUUUCACACCGGAGACUGCGGGAUGCACCAUAAAAAAUCCUGCAAGCCGGCCACGGAAAGUGCCAAAAUCGAAGCAUUGUUCUCGAGCAACCAGCGCUAUUUGUUUCCCGAGGGUGUAACGAUUAGCAGACGGCACUCCAUGGCCGCCUUGUCCCCCCACGUGAAAAACGGAGGAUGGGGGGAUAUCAGAGACCAUGAACUGUGUAAGAGUUAUCGCCGCUUGCAGUAAACACGGACCGAACCUUCGAAUAUUUUGAACCGUGGUGAAUAAUCGGUCUUCUCUCUUCUCGUCAAAAAUCCUCACUUAAUUGUCCAUAAUUUUUCAUGGUGUGAAAUCUGAUUAUAAAAAGUUUAUUAUGCCUCAUUAACUCGUUUACUAAUUAUAACGUUGAACGCGCUUCAUGGAUCACAUUUAUGGAAUAUGGGGGUUUUUUUUGGAAAUAAAUGAUUUAAUGAAAGUGA